AACCACUUAUUAAAUUGCCCCAAGUUGGCCGGACCACUUUAAAACUCUAGAAGUCUCGAUAAAACCUCGCCUCAUUUUCUUCUAUCGCCUCCUCCGUUUCAAGCAGUGCGGCGUUAACCAUUUAUUCUUGUUCUACGGUCUACCACAAAACUUAUCAAUCUUAAAUCUUUCUGUCUUAUCUUUGGAGCUUUAAUGGAGGAAAUGAAUGGCGAUGAAUUACCGAAACAGAGAACAAAGCACAAAGGUAAACACGACAAGGAUAAGCCAUGGGAUGACCCUUCUAUUGACCAUUGGAAAGUUGAAAAAUUCGACCCUUCUUGGAAUGAAUCUGGCAUGCUCGAUGUCAGUUCCUUCUCCACUAUUUUUCCCCAAUAUCGAGAAAAAUAUUUGCAAGAUGUUUGGCCAUCUGUGAAAGCUGCAUUGCGUGAGUAUGGUGUUUCAUGUGAGCUUAAUUUGGUUGAAGGAACUAUGACUGUGUCGACUACUAGAAAGACUAGAGAUCCAUAUAUUAUAGUGAAAGCAAGGGAUCUGAUUAAACUUUUAUCCAGAAGUGUUCCUGCGCCGCAGGCUAUCAAAAUACUGGAUGAUGAAAUGCAGUGUGAUAUAAUCAAGAUUGGCAACUUAGUGAGAAAUAAGGCACGCUUUGUCAAAAGGCGGCAACAUCUUAUUGGUCCCAAUAACUCCACCUUAAAGGCACUUGAAAUUUUAACAGGCUGCUACAUCCUUGUUCAGGGGAACACAGUUGCAGCUAUGGGAUCCUUCAAAGGACUGAAACAAGUCAGGAGAAUUGUAGAAGAUUGUAUACAGAACAAAAUGCAUCCAAUAUAUCAUAUCAAGAUUCUUAUGAUGAAGAGGGAACUCUCUAAAGAUCCCACCCUUGCAAAUGAGAAUUGGGAUAGGUUUCUGCCGAGAUUUAAAAAGAAGAAUGUUCAGAAAAAGAAAGGCAAGGGUAAGGAGAAGAAACCAUAUACACCAUUUCCCCCUCCGCAGCCACCUAGCAAGAUUGAUCUACAACUGGAGACUGGUGAGUACUUUUUGAGUGAGCAAAAGAAAACUGCAAAGAAGUGGCAAGAGAAACAGGAGAAGCAGACUGAAAAAGCGGCUGAAAACAAACGAAAAAGAGACGAUGCAUUUAUACCACCCGAGGAGCCUGUCGUACGAAACCAUAACACUUCAACGGAGGAGAAAGGUGAUGUGAAUGCCAUCACACAAUCGUUGAAGCAAAAAACGAAGGAAUUCGGGAAGCAGAAAGCUGCUAAGAAUGUGGAUCCUGAAGCCUAUAUUGCCAGUGUCGAAACACAGGCACCUUCAAAGAAGAAAAAAAGAGUGAAAUCAUGAACUAAAUUGUAUUUAAGACUUGUGAAGUUGUGAUGGGUGACUUAUGGGUGCUUGCUCAAAUUUCAAAUAUUUUGGAGUUGUUUGUAGUUGAUUUUGAGCAGACAUGUUAAGGAGAAAAUUGCUAUUGACUAAUAUUGGAUUUAUUUGUGUUUGGUACUUGUUAACAUAUAAAUUGAGAUAGCGAGAAAUAGAAUGUAGAUACAGUGCUUUCUACUA